GGUGCAGCGUGAUUGUUGAAAUGUUUGUUCCGGGAAGAAAAAGGAAACAUGUCUCAAACAAGAGUAGAAAUGUAGUCUACUUCACUCUUUCACAUUGUGUUUUUCGUGUUUUGCCUUUUUGUGGAACAUAUUCUGAAACCACACAUGCGGUUUGCCUCCGUGCUGAAGGACAGGUGUCGGUACCUGCACCACGGCCACUUUCGUUGUGAGUGAACGAAGAUUUACAAGCGUGUUUUUUUUGUUUUUGUUUUCUCCCUUUUGCCCGUUAAACGGAGAGGAACCGACUCAUAAGCUUGUGUAAGACUGCACGGGAUUAUUUAUCAGGACCGUGUGCCAAAAAGUCACCAUGCCAGAAGAUAAAAACUGUAAACUGAUUCAAGCACCCAGGAGCUCUGACCAAAAGAAGAAGAAGAAGAAGAAGACGAGAAAGAAAGGCACUGCUUCUUCCACUGCCUUAGACAAUACAGAGAAACCUCAGGCUGGAUCCUCACCGGUGUCCCCUCAGACUUCGGGUCAACCCCAAGGACAGCUCCUGAAGCUCACGGCCGCCGGUAAGAAGAAUGGGCUCCCUGGCAGUGGCAGGGGCAAAAAACGCCACAAGGAUUCACCGGCUUUACUAACGGAGUCCCAGAAAAGCAAUAUGAGUGGAUCACAGGGGCUCAGCGUCCAGGCCAGGGAGAGCCUGAGGUGGGAAGGAGUGCUGCAGGACCCCCAGGCCGAAGCAAAGAGGCUGGACGCGUACAGGGCCAACAGGCGUCAGCGUUACAUUGCACACAGAGAGACUCUGAUAAAAGAAACCCAGGUCGCCCUGAGACAGACUUAUGCCAAAGAGAGUAAAGCGACUGUGUCCUGACUGAGCACAGGCUGAAUUACAGAAACUCUUACCUUGUUAUUCAUCUCAGGCCACAUUUGUUAAAAUGGAUUUACAGUGAAGAUCUCGAGAAACAGAAAUGCUCUCUUUUCCAUAAUAUCCGCAAUACCACCGACAACAGGAACUGUAUAGGGCUGUUAAAAUCUUAAUAGAGGAUUUGCUUCUAAAUUAUGCAGCGCCUCCAGAAAAGACCCAAAGUCAAUCAUUCAGGGCUGAAACCCAAUCAGGAUAACACCGCUGAACUCCCCUUAUAUCUGUCAGUGAGGUUAGAGGAGAGUUAAAUGGACAGGGGGGGUCACGUUACUGCUUCACACCAUUACAGUGUCAAAAUAUAGAAAGACAUCCAACAGGGUAGGCUGAAAUGUGACAAUAACAAUGUCCUUCAAUGCUGUCACCAAACACAAUAAAACAUGUUUAAAAGCGCAUUUCAGCUUCAUUUCUACAAUUACAUCCCAAAGAAAAUAAAAUUCUACAUGUAGUCUGAAUUGUGCGUUAUAUUUCAGUUCAAGUUUUGAUUUUCAAUCGCCUCUACAUUUG